AUGUCCGUUAUCCAGAACCUCCACUCUUUCGACCCCUUUGCUGAUGCAAGUAAGGGUGAUGAUCUGCUUCCUGCUGGCACUGAGGAUUAUAACCACAUAAGAAUUCAACAGAGAAACGGCAGGAAGACGCUUACUACUGUCCAAGGGAUUGCUGAUAAUUAUGAUAAAAAGAAACUAGUGAAGGCGUUUAAGAAGAAAUUAGCCUGCAAUGGUACUGUAAUUGAGCAUCCAGAAUAUGGAGAAGUGAUUCAGCUACAGAGUGACCAGCGCAAGAACAUAUGCCAGUUCCUGGUAGAGAUUGGACUGGCUAAGGACAACCAGCUGAAGUUUCAUGGGUUUUAA